ACUCAGCAACGCUGGAACCCAUUCAGGGGGCCUGGGCCCCCUCGUCCCAAGCCAGGUGGGCUUUGGGGGAGGGGUGCAUCCCCUGGCAGACUCGCAGUGUGGCCGAGGGGCAGGGGGAAGCCAGGGAGGUGGGGGCGAAGCUCGCAGGAGAAGGCACGAGUGUGGUUCUCUUUUCCCCACUGGGGGGUCCACGGGGCCAGCAGUGGGGCAGUGGGUCUUGGCAGCGGAGCCAGCUGGGGGGAGGCAGCAGGGCAGGGGCCGGUAGCGGGGCCGCCAUGGCCACCAUCCAGUCAGAGACCGACUGUUACGACAUCAUCGAGGUGCUGGGCAAGGGCACCUUCGGGGAGGUGGCCAAGGGCUGGCGGCGGAGCACAGGCGAAAUGGUGGCCAUCAAGAUCCUCAAGAACGACGCCUAUCGCAACCGCAUCAUCAAGAACGAGCUGAAGCUGCUGCGCUGCAUGCGUGGCCUGGACCCCGAGGAGGCCCAUGUCAUCCGCUUCCUCGAGUUCUUCCACGACGCCCUCAAGUUCUACCUGGUCUUCGAGCUGCUGGAGCAAAACCUCUUCGAGUUCCAGAAGGAGAAUAACUUCGCGCCUCUGCCUGCCCGCCACAUCCGUACAGUCACGCUGCAGGUGCUCAGAGCCCUGGCUCGGCUCAAGGAGCUGGCCAUCAUCCACGCCGAUCUGAAGCCAGAGAACAUCAUGCUGGUGGACCAGACGCGCUGCCCCUUCAGGGUGAAGGUGAUCGACUUUGGCUCGGCCAGCAUUUUCAGCGAGGUGCGCUACAUAAAAGAGCCGUACAUCCAGUCACGCUUCUACCGGGCCCCCGAGAUCCUGCUGGGCCUGCCCUUCUGUGAGAAGGUGGACGUGUGGUCCCUGGGCUGCGUCAUGGCCGAGCUGCACCUUGGCUGGCCCCUCUACCCAGGCAACAACGAGUACGACCAGGUGCGCUACAUCUGUGAGACCCAGGGCCUUCCCAAGCCCCACCUGCUGCAUGCUGCCCACAAGGCCCACCACUUCUUCAAGCGCAAUCCCCACCCCGAGGCCACCAACCCUUGGCAGCUCAAGUCCUCGGCCGACUACCUGGCUGAGACCAAGGUGCGCCCACUGGAGCGGCGCAAGUACAUGCUGAAGUCGCUGGACCAGAUUGAGAUGGUGAACGGUGGGGGGGCAGCCAGCCGGCUGGCCUUCCCGGACCGCGAGGCGAUGGCCGAGCACGCCGACCUCAAGAGCAUGGUGGAGCUGAUCAAACGCAUGCUGACGUGGGAGUCCCACGAGCGCAUCAGCCCUAGCGCUGCCCUGCGCCACCCCUUCGUGUCCAUGCAGCAGCUGCGCAGUGCCCACGAGUCCACACGCUACUACCAGCUCUCGCUGCGCAGCUACCGUCUCUCCUUGCAGGUGGAGGGCAAGCCGCUGGCACCCGCUGUGGCUGUCCUGGACGACGGGCCACCUUAUUACCCGCUGGCCGAGGAGGAGGAGGCCGUGAGCCUGGGCAGCGGGCCCUUUUUCCCCGAGGAGAAGGCACCGGGCAUGCAAAGGACCAUCGACCAGCUGGACGACCUGAGUCUGCAGGAGGCAGGGCGGGGUCUGUGGGGUGAGAGCUGUGCGGAUGUGGUCCCCGGCACGCUGGCCCCACUCAAGGCAGCUGGCUCUGGCCACCGCGUGCCUGACUCGGGCCCUGAGCCCAUCCUGGCCUUUUACGGCAGCUGCCUAGCAGGGCGCCACAAGGCCUGCAAGGCGCCUGCAGGCUCCAAGUCCGACUCCAACUUCAGCAACCUCAUCCAGCUGAGCCACGCCUCCCCAGAGGAUGAGGGGCCCUGCCGGGGCAGCGGCUGGGAAGAGGGAGAGCGCCACGGGGCCUCCACUGAGCCGCCCACCAUCCCUCAGCGGAACGGGGAUGGGCCCAACAUCAAGGACCUGGCCAUGGAUGCUGAGAGGCCAGGCCCCAAGCUCUUCGACCCCAGCAGCUGUCCUGGGGAAUGGCUGAGUGAUCCAGACUGGAGCCUGGACGGUGUCAGGGGGCCACGGGCUCAGGGUCUGCCGCCCCGCCACCCCCGGGCCACAGGCUUUCUGCAGUACGUUGGCGGGCACCACUGA